CCUGGCUUUGCACACGGACGUCGUCAGGAAGUUUGAAAAGAAGGGGUAGGAGCAGCGUGGGGGUGGGGAUCAAGUUGGAAACCCAGAGAUUCUGGGAGUUCCAGAAGGUGUCUGCGCAUUUUCCCCAGCUCCUCAGGCAGGGCUAAUACAGACUUGAUCUUCCUGGGCUGCUGGUUGUCCCAUUCAACACCCUCCCUUCCUGAUUCCUUGUAGCCAUACCCUCAGAUCAUGCAGAUGGGAGCUGCUCUCCCGGGGCUUAGCUUGUCAGCAUCCUCAACGGACUCACACCCCUGAAAUCCGAGCAAAGCCCUGCCCACCCACACUCUCCUUGCCCCGCUUUGGGGCCGCCUCUGCCUGUCCGGUCCUCAGCCAUAGUGGCAGCCUCACCUGAAAAAGAAGCAGAACAAUGAUACUGGCUUUAAUGAUGGGCAGCAGCCCUCGGGGCGGACCUUCAUUUCGGCCCCUCUUGGGGUCCUCACUGUCACUCCGGGCCCGCUCUACGUCAGCCACCGAUAUGCACCAUGUGGAGCUGGCCAGAGAACGCUCCAAGACUGUCACCUCCUUUUACAACCAGUCAGCCAUUGACGUGGCAGCAGAGAAGCCCUCAGUCCGCCUCACUCCCACCAUGAUGCUCUAUUCUGGCCGCUCACAGGAUGGCAGCCACCUUCUGAAAAGUGGCCGUUACUUGCAGCAAGAGUUGCCCGUGAGGAUCGCUCACCGUAUCAAAGGGUUCCGGAGCCUUCCUUUCAUCAUUGGCUGCAACCCCACCAUACUGCACGUGCACGAGCUAUAUAUCCGGGCCUUCCAGAAGCUUACAGACUUCCCUCAGAUAAAGGACCAAGCAGAUGAGGCCCAAUAUUGUCAGCUGGUGCGACAGCUGCUAGAUGAUCACAAGGAUGUGGUGACCCUCUUAGCUGAGGGCCUUCGUGAGAGCCGGAAGCACAUAGAGGAUGAAAAGCUUGUUCGCUACUUCUUGGACAAGACAUUGACGUCGAGGCUUGGGAUCCGAAUGCUGGCUACUCACCACCUGGCGUUGCAUGAGGACAAGCCUGACUUUGUUGGCAUCAUCUGCACUCGUCUCUCACCAAAGAAGAUUAUUGAAAAGUGGGUGGAUUUUGCCAGACGCCUGUGUGAGCACAAGUAUGGCAAUGCCCCCCGAGUCCGCAUCAAUGGACAUGUAGCUGCCCGAUUCCCCUUCAUCCCUAUGCCAUUGGACUAUAUCCUGCCUGAGCUGCUCAAGAAUGCCAUGAGAGCUACGAUGGAGAGUCACCUAGACACUCCCUACAAUGUUCCAGAUGUGGUCAUCACCAUCGCCAAUAAUGAUAUUGACCUCAUCAUCAGGAUUUCAGACCGGGGUGGAGGAAUUGCUCACAAAGACCUGGAUCGGGUCAUGGACUACCACUUCACCACAGCUGAGGCCAGUACCCAGGACCCCCGAAUCAGCCCCCUCUUCGGCCACCUGGAUAUGCAUUCUGGCGGCCAGUCAGGACCUAUGCAUGGCUUUGGCUUCGGAUUGCCCACGUCUCGGGCCUAUGCGGAAUAUCUCGGUGGCUCCCUGCAGCUGCAGUCCCUGCAGGGUAUUGGCACAGACGUCUACCUACGGCUCCGCCACAUUGAUGGUCGGGAGGAAAGCUUCCGAAUCUGACUGCAGAUUUUGGCCUGCUUGCCUGCCACACUCCCUAUAGGACCUUCUGUGCCUGGCAGGGUGCCACUCUGCUCCACACACUUCUGUGGCCCCAGACAGGACUCACAUGGAACUGGGGAACACUCCUCCUCAGCAGGGCCCACUGCUUCCUUACCUCCUGGCCUUGGAGAAAAGUAGGAGCCCCUUAGGCCUUUAGCACAGCUCUGUUCUCACUCUUGGGGAACCCCUAGUUUGACCUGCUGUUUGUUAUUAAAGUUUGCAUUUGGAAUGCCCUCUUGGGCUUUUUAUGUUGAAA